CAAUAGAAAUCAUCAGUUGUCUCACGAGCAAUAAUCCAAAAUAACCAAAUUAAAAUGGCAUUCCGUUUCAUUUUUGUCUUUAUUGCCACAAUCGUCCUGGCCCAAGGAUCAAUAAUUUCUCCAGUCGAACAGGAGGGUCUUGUGGGAGUCCAUCACUCUGGAGUGGUUUCAGCUGGAGCUCCAGUGGCGGGUGUUCCACGUGGCCAUUCAGCUGCUCCCCAGCCCCAUCGUCCUGCCAGCGGUCAUGGGCCCCUCGCUGGUCCAGUUGGUGGAUCCCGUCGAUUGAGUGGAGCUGGAGUGGCCGGACCUCGUUCUCAUGGUGGUGCCCCUCGUCGGCCUUCUGCUGGAGCUCAUGGUCGUCCACUUGGAGGUGCAGCCGGCCACGGAAACGCUCACCAGAACCGCAACCGCAACCAGAAACCUUAUUAAUAAACUCCUUAAAUCUAC